CCCAGAAGCCAAAUCGCUGUCGGGAGAACGAAGGAGUGGGGGGAAGGGAGGAAAAAAAAAAAAAAGCUCGAGCGAGAAUCAUCCCGGUGGGGAAUUGGCUGAAGAAGCGAGUCUUGAGGGAAAUGGCGGUCGAUAAAGAACUGCUGGAGUUGGACCUCUACGCGCUUUUGGGCGUGGUCGAGAAAGCGACGGAUAAAGAGAUUAAGAAAGCCUACAGACAGAAGGCCCUGACCUGUCAUCCGGAUAAACAUCCAGAUAAUCCUAAAGCAGCUGAACUCUUCCAUCAGUUGUCUCAGGCAUUAACAGUUCUAACAGAUGCAGCAGCAAGGGUAGCCUAUGAUAGAGUGAGGAAAGCAAAGAAACAAGCAGCAGAAAGGACCCAGAAACUUGAUGAAAGAAGGAAGAAAGUUAAACUUGAUCUUGAAGCUCGGGAGAAAGAAGCUAACUCCCAGGUUAGCAAGGCAGAGGAGAUUGAGAUAACUAAAACAUUAGAGCAAGAGAUCCAAAGGUUACGUGAAGAGGGAUCUCGGCAACUGGAGGAACAACAAAAACUCAUCCAGGAACAAAUCCGGCUUGAGAAAGACCGAAUACGAAGUAAACAAGAUGGGUAUGGAGGGCAUGGCACAGGAACACCCAAGCUCAAACUUCGAUGGAAGUGCAAGAAAGAAGAUGAAACUAAUGGAGGUUACUCAAAAGAAAUUCUACUGCAAAUUCUACAAAAGUAUGGUGAAGUUCUUAAUUUGCUGAUCUCUAACAAGAAGUCUGGAAGUGCUGUUGCGGAAUUUGCUACAGUGAAAGCUGCUGAGAUGGCAGUGAAGAAUGAAGUUGGCCUAACAUACAAUCCUUUAAAAAUCACCUGGCUGGAAGGUCAACCACAGACUAGUACAGUGUUUGCUGAUGGCACUAUUCACCCACAUAUAUCCCAGGAUUCAGUGGUUUCUGAGAGGGAUUACGAAAGCCUUGUGAUGAUGCGCAUGCGGCAAGCUUCUGAGAGGCAGAAGCUAAUUGAAAAGAUGAAACAGGAAGACGAAGAAGAGUCUUGUACAUAGUAGAAGGGGAAAUGGCAUUAUCAUGCAUUUUUGCUUAUAAUUCUUAAAUCAAUAAAAACUAUUGAAGGAAAAA